UUGUAAAAAGAUAAGUGCCGGUGGGCGCGAUCCGUGGGGUUUCGGUGAUCUGGUUCGGUGAAGGGGGCUUCCCGUCCGGGGUGCAGAGCGAGAGGAAAGCAGGAGUCAAAAGGCCAUUGGGAGUAGACUUUAGGGAAGAAAACGUGAGGAUUGGAAGUGGGCGAGGGAGCAUCUUAUUCUGACCUUAUGGAGGCACUUUGGGGGGAUCCUUGAGCACCGCCUAGAAAGAGCAUCUACGCAUUAGUAGCCAGAGAGAGAGGGGGGGGAAGCAUAGUAGAGACAACUCCUUUAAAAGGCGCGGGUUUUGAUUGCAAGACUUAGGGAAGCGGCUGGAGAAAGGUGGGGCCGAGAGGAAGCUCAGGUUGCUGAAAGUCGCGGCCGUUGCGCCGAAGGGCAAGCAGCGUGGGCUGUGCACCGCCUGCUUGCGAUUCUUGCAAGCCCGGCGAAAAGAGGGAAGCGGCAAUUGGCGAAGUGGCGGAGAGGCUGAAGCGAGGAUGGGGCCUCUGCUGUCUCUAGGCAUUGGGCUGCUGCUGUUCUUACUCUGGGCUCGCUAUAGGGGCCUCGAGUACGUGCUAGUCCACCACCGUUGGAUUUUCGUCUGCCUCUUCCUGUUGCCCCUUUCGGUCCUUUUCGACAUUUACUACCAGCUCCGGGCUUGGGUGGUGCAGAAGCUACACUGCGCUCCUCGGCAGCACGACCUGCGCGUUCGGAACAUCCAGAAACAGGUUCGAGAAUGGAAAGCAGAAGGCCAAAAAACAUAUAUGUGCACAGGCCGUCCUGGCUGGCUUACAAUGUCUCUUCGUAUUGGGAAGUACAAGAAGACUCUAAAGAACAUCACAAUCAACCUGAUGGAUAUUUUAGAUGUAGACACCGAGCGACAGGUUGUACGGGUGGAGCCUUUGGUAUCAAUGGGACAAUUAACAGCACACCUGAAUCGUAUGGGCUGGACUAUUCCAGUGGUACCAGAACUUGAUGAUCUUACAGUAGGUGGUCUGCUCAUGGGAACUGGCAUUGAAUCUUCCUCUCAUAUCUAUGGAUUAUUUCAGCAUAUCUGUGUGGCCUGUGAGCUUGUUCUUGCCGAUGGCAGCCAUGUGAGAUGUACCCCGGAGGAGAACUCAGAUUUAUUUUAUGCAGUGCCUUGGUCUUGUGGCACAUUAGGCUUCCUGGUUGCAGCGGAAAUAAAAAUGAUCCCAUCUAAGAACUAUGUGAAAUUACACUACGAGCCCGUGAGAGGAUUGAAAGCCAUCUGCAAGAGAUUUGCUGAAGAAUCAGAAAAGAAAGAGAAUCAUUUUGUAGAGGGCAUUGUGUAUUCUUUGGAAGAGGCUGUCAUAAUGACUGGAGUUUUGACCAAUGAAGCUGAGCAAGAAAAGGUCAAUAGAAUUGGGACGUACUACAAACCAUGGUUUUUUAAGCAUGUGGAGAAUUAUUUGAAAGCUAAUACCACAGGAACAGAAUAUAUUCCAGCAAGAGAUUAUUAUCACAGGCAUACAAGGAGCAUUUUCUGGGAGCUCCAGGACAUCAUCCCGUUUGGCAAUCAUCCAAUUUUUCGCUGUCUCUUUGGCUGGAUGGUUCCUCCUAAAAUCUCCCUUUUAAAAUUGACUCAAGGUGAAGCCAUGAGAAAGCUCUAUGAGCAGCACCAUGUGAUACAAGACAUGAUGAUCCCCAUGAAGAGUCUUGAACAAUGUAUUCAAACUUUCCACAGUGUCAUUAAUGUUUAUCCCCUGUGGCUGUGCCCAUUCAUCUUGCCUCACAAUCCUGGAAUGGUUCAUCCAAAAGGAGAUGAAGAGGAGCUCUAUGUAGAUGUGGGAGCCUAUGGGAUGCCGCAGACAAAACACUUUGAAGCCAUGGCGUCCACCAGGCAAUUAGAAAAGUUUGUGAGGAACGUUCAUGGUUUUCAGAUGUUAUACGCAGACUGCUAUAUGACCCGCGAAGAAUUCUGGGAAAUGUUCGAUGGCUCCCUAUAUCACAAACGGAGACAAGAGCUUCAGUGUAACAAGGCUUUUCCUGAAGUGUAUGAUAAAGUGUGCAAAGCUGCAAGACUUUAAGUCCAACUGGUCUAUGAAGCAUCUGGGAAAAUUUGAGUCUAAAUAAAAACUAUUUCUUCUGCUCCUUUCCAAACCCCCCCUUGUUGCUACUUCAGAGACUCCAAAAUGUGAAAUUUAGAAGGAAUACUUCUGCCUUUGUAUGAAAAUAUAAUUGGUAGUAUUUGUCUUAAAAACGUGUAUGCUUCUUUAUCUUCUUUCUAGGAAUUUCCAUUUUUGACCACUGUGGUUUAAUAAUAGCUUAGGUAUAGAUUGAUAUAUUUAGUAGAAGGGGAAUAGAAAAAUCAGAAUCUUAAAAUAGAAGAAUAACUUACUAUAGAUAAAUAAGGGGGAGAUGUAUGCCAGGUCUGCUAUUACAGAUGUACAUAGGCUCUUUCUGAGAGUUGUGCCAAAUAAAACUGCCUUUCUAAUGUCACAGUUGCCUAUAUCAGAUAGGUUUCUUUGCCCAGGGUUGAAAAGUCAUAAUUCGCAAUAAAGUCAUAAUUAUAACCUGUCUGAACGCUUUGAAUACUAUGGAUUGGAGACUAUUUUUUUGAAUUAGUGUAUGUUCUUUACAAUUCCUUCUCUCUGUGUCUCUCAUUUUGUUGACAUUUUUUCUUUUGACAGUUUUCAUCAAAGUUUAUGUGCUGCAGG